AUGCCCUGUCCCAGCUCCUGCCCCCCAGGGCUCUUAGCCCUGAUGGCACCUGGGCUGGCCCUCAUGGCCGCCUUCUCGCUGCCCUCCCAGGCUGGGGACAGGAGAGCACUGCCGGUGGAGAAACCUUCAGGUGUGAAAGGAAGAACUCUCAUUCUCCUUGAUGUCAACACCAAGAGCCCUGUCAGGAUAAUCAGUGAGAAUUUCCUCUCCCUGCAGCUGGACCCCUCCAUCAUUCAUGAUGGCUGGCUCGAUUUCUUAAGUUCCCGGCGGCUGGUGACCCUGGCGCGGGGCCUGGCCCCCGCCUUCCUGCGCUUCGCGGGCAAGAGGACGGACUUUCUCCAGUUCCACAACGUGAAAAACCCGGCCAAGAGCCGCGGCGGGCCCGGCCCCGACUACUACCUCAAGAACUACGAGGACGCCAGGUCUCUAGACAAACUCUAUAACUUUGCUGACUGCUCUGGCCUUCACCUGAUCUUUGCACUGAAUGCUUUGCGCCGAAAUCCCAACAACUCCUGGAACAGCUCCAAUGCCCUCAGCCUCCUGAAGUACAGUGCCAGCAAGAAGUACAACAUCUCCUGGGAGCUGGGCAAUGAACCCAAUAACUAUCGGACACUGAUUGGCCGCUCGGUGAAUGGCAGCCAGCUAGGAAAGGACUACACUCAGCUGAGAAGCCUGAUGCAGCUUAUCCGCACUUAUUCCAGAGCACACCUCUAUGGGCCAAACAUUGGGAGGCCCAGAAAGAACGUCAUCGCUUUCCUGGAAGGGUUCAUGAAAGUGGCUGGAGGCACAGUGGAUGCUGUUACCUGGCAACAUUACUACAUUGAUGGUCGGGUGGCCAAAGUGACGGACUUCCUGAAAACACGCCUGUUAGACACACUCUCUGACCAGAUCAGGAAAAUCCAGAAAGUAGUGAACACGUACACACCAGGAAAGAAGAUCUGGCUGGAAGGUGUUGGCACAACCUCAGCUGGAGGCAUGAACAACCUCUCCGAUUCCUAUGCGGCCGGGUUCCUGUGGCUGAACACACUGGGCUUGCUGGCCAGCCAGGGCAUCGACGUGGUGGUGCGGCAUUCCUUCCUCGACCAUGGCCACAACCACCUGGUGGACCAGAACUUUAACCCCUUGCCGGAUUACUGGCUGUCCCUGCUCUACAAGCGCCUCAUUGGUCCCAAGGUGCUGGCGAUCCACGUGGCCGGUCUGCAGAGGAAACCCCGCCCCGGCAGGGUCAUUCGCGACAAGCUCCGGAUUUAUGCCCACUGCACCAGCUACCACAACCACAACUACGUUCGGGGGUCCAUCACCCUUUACAUCAUCAACCUGCAUCGCUCCCGGAAGAAAAUAAAGCUGGCAGGGACGCUGCGGGAUAAGAUCGUCCACCAGUACCUGCUGCAGCCCUAUGGCAAGGACGGGCUCCACUCCAAGUUGGUCCAGCUCAAUGGGCAGCCACUGGCCAUGGUGGACGAUGGGACCCUCCCUGAGUUGAAGCCUCGCCCUCUGCGGGCCGGCCGUACCCUGGUCAUCCCCCCGCUGACCAUGAGCUUCUAUGUGGUGAAGAAUGUGAAUGCGCUGGCUUGUCGGUACCGAUAGCCCGCGGCCCAGAACAGACUUGCCAGCCCCGCUCCUGCACCCGCACACUGCCCAGGUCACGCUGCCUCCUUGGCAGCCCACGCAGCCCUGUCACAGGGCCAUGCUGGGUGGCACCACACAUGCCCUCAUCCUCACACCCUGGAUGUCCUCUGCCUUGGCACCCACUCCCGCCCUGUGACCACAGAGCUCCACGUGCCCUGACCACCGUUCUGCCAGAGCAGUGCAACAGCCAAUUUGCAGGGCCUGCUGCCAGCCAUCCCGUGAGCUGCAAGAAGCACCCGGUACCUAGUGCCCACUGGCUGCGUGGAAGGCUGGGGUGCCGAGCCCCGGUAUAGCGUGGGGCAGGCGCCCUCCUGAGUCCCCUGGUCCCACUGCCCAGGUGGUGACCCUUCCAGCAGCCAGACCCCCUUCCCCGGAGGCGGGCAGUGCUCCGGUGCAGCAAGCGCAUGGAAGCAGCUCCCUCUACUGCCGCCAGGAUGCCGCCAGCCGGCCUGGCCCGCCGCGGGAUGCACCGGCCGGGGCGGGCCGGGGGAGGGGACGCCGGGGGCCGUCCCGAGUGGGCGGGCCCGGGCUCCACGGCGGGAAAUGUUGAUAAUUAAAUUAUACGUCCCGGAGCGGAGAGGGGGGUCGAGAGCGUGUCCUGCCCAGGAGAGAGGCGGUGUCGUGGGCAGGAGCAGCCGCGACGCGCCCAGGCACUACCGGAGAUGUAAUAAAGUUGGGCUGUCAACCGC